AUGAGCCUUCUCGGGAGCUACCGGAAAAAGACCAACAAUGAUGGGUACGAAUCUUUGCAGCUGGUGGACAGCAGCGGUGACUUGGGCUCAGGCAGCGGCGGGAGCAGCAGCGGCGGCGGCGUCAGGCUCGGAGUGAACCCGGGAGCGGCGGCAGCGGCAGCGGCAGCAGCGAAGAGUCCCGCGCGGCGCCCCCCAGUCGGUGUCAGCACCAUGGACAGCUCAGGGGCUUCAUCUCCCGACAUGGAAUCGAACUAUGGUGGAGGUCUGCUCGACAUGGUGAAAGGCGGCGCGGGACGCCUCUUCAGCAACCUAAAGGACAACCUCAAAGACACCAUCAAAGACACUUCUUCCAAAGUCAUGCAGUCUGUUGCCAGUUACACGAAGGGAGAAUUAGAUAUUUCCUACAUUACCUCCAGAAUCAUCGUGAUGUCCUUUCCUGCGGAAGGAGUUGAGUUAGGAUUCAGGAAUCAAAUAGAAGACGUUCGGACCUUCUUGGAUUCCCGGCAUCCCGACCACUACACAGUGUUCAAUCUGUCGCCCAAGUCGUAUCGCAGUGCCAAGUUUCACAACAGGGUCUCAGAAUGCAGUUGGCCAAUGCGACAGGCCCCGAGCCUUCACAAUCUCUACGCUGUGUGUAAAAACAUGCACAAUUGGCUUCAACAGAACCCCAAGAAUGUCUGUGUCAUCCACUGCAUGGAUGGACGUGCUGCCUCGGCAGUUCUGGUUAGUGCAAUGUUUUGUUUCUGUCAUCUCUUCUCUAAUCCAGUCCCUGCUAUUCAGUUGCUAAAUGCAAAGCGACCCGGAAUCGGACUUUGGCCAUCCCAUAGGAGUUUGGCAGCUUCCAGCACGCCCACUGUUUCCAUCCAGCCAGAUGUUUCAGGAGGUUGGGAUUGGCCCAGUAAACCAGGUGGUUUUGGAAUGGGAAGCAAAUCUGCCGCCACCAGCCCCACGGGAUCCAUGCACAACACCCCCACGCAUCACAACAAGCCGCAGUCUCUGGACCCAUUUGCUGACCUUGGCGCCCUUGGUAGUUCUGCAUUUGCUAGCAAGCCCACCACACCAACUGGGUUAGGGGGAGGAUUCCCUCCACUUAGCUCACCACAGAAGCCAUCUCCCCAGCCAAUGGGUGGGGGAUGGCAGCAGGGGUCUGGCUACUCAUGGCAGCAAACUCAAUCCAAGUCACAGACCAGCAUGCCCCACGCCUCUCCCCAGAACAGACCAAACUACAACGUCAGCUUCUCGUCAAUGCCAAGUGGUCAGAAUGACCGUGGAAAAGGACCUUCUAAUUUGGAGGGGAAAUCAAAAACAGCUGAUUUUGAAGACCUUCUGUCUGGUCAAGGCUUCAAUGCUCACAAAGAUAAAAAGGGACCUAGAACAAUAGCUGAAAUGAGAAAGGAAGAAAUGGCAAAAGAAAUGGACCCUGAGAAACUGAAGAUCCUGGAAUGGAUUGAAGGGAAGGAGAGAAACAUCAGGGCGCUGCUCUCCACCAUGCAUACGGUGCUGUGGGCGGGAGAGACCAAGUGGAAGCCGGUGGGCAUGGCUGACCUGGUCACCCCCGAGCAGGUGAAGAAGGUUUACCGGCGGGCCGUGCUCGUGGUCCAUCCAGACAAAGCCACUGGGCAGCCAUACGAGCAGUACGCUAAGAUGAUCUUCAUGGAGCUGAAUGACGCCUGGUCCGAAUUUGAAAAUCAAGGCCAAAAGCCCUUGUAUUAACGUGUCCUUUCCUCUGUCUCCGCUACAGACCUAGGCUAAUGCUUCUUUCUCUUGUCCCGAUGGAGAUUUUCACAGAAGAACCCAAAUGAGACACCCCUCAAGAGCAAACAAUUACAUUCUCUGCCUGUCAGUUCCGUGAUGAAUAAAGAAACAGGAGGCUAGAAUUCUGGAUGGUUUCCCUAUAAACCUUCCAGGAUGGGACAGGAAUGUGAGGGACAAUGGCGACCCCAUGAUGAUACGCCACAGCCCCAAGAAACCUGAGGCAACAUGUACCAAACAGAUCGCUUGAAUGUGUUAGGACUGGGGGAGAGGGGAGGAGAGAUGAGGUACACGGGAUCACACGUGACCUUCAUCUCCUUGCCCAAGAAGGGAUGGGAUUUUUAUUCUUUAGGGAAAAAAAUUCAGGUAAGGAAUUCACCUUGAUGGAAACGGGGGAGUUUUUGGAGUGGUUGCUUUUUAGAGGUGCUCUCCAUGUCCCUGGAGCAGCCAGAUUUGAGCAGAGCCAAACCAUUUGGAUGUAUGCUUUGCCUAAAGCAUCAUUCUGUACCGUUAUUUUGGUUCAUCAGCCAUCUGGAAGGAGGGGGAAACUUGGGAAGAGAUUUGACUCCAUUAGGAUGUCCAUUGGUUAUCACUUGAUCUGGCUUGAUAAAUUCAAGGGAAGAGGGUACCUCCAAGGCCCCGACCUCACAAAGAGGGGCAGAGUCCUCAGCUCCAUGCUAUGGUUAAUGAUCUUUUGGAAACCUCCCAUUGAGUAAUUUUAUGCCGGAUGGAGGGGAAUCUUUUUUUUUUCUUUAAUUUGUAUCCCAGAGGGCUUUAUCGCCCCAUGAUUUUUACUCCAAUCCUUUGUUUUCUGGUUACAAGCGUUGUCCGUGGCUAGAAGCAGGUUCUGAAGGAGUUGGCGUGAUCAGAAUUCGCACUCAGAAGAAACUCUGCCUUGUAUAGGGUUCCGAGGAUCCAGGAAGUAAAGAAUCGGAAGGGUUGGUACUUAGAAAACCGCAAGUCAAAUGAUUGGCCGAUGUCUCCUUGCCUAAUAUUCACCUGGGGACGGCUGGGCCCCCCUCCCCGACAGCACCUUCCAGAAGGCUAAUUGGUUUGGAAGGAGUAGGCAGCCCCAGAGCAGAAACUUUCCCCUACUUGCAGAGGGUCGACUAAAAAAGAGAAGCUGCUUAGCCCUCCUCCAAGGUGGAAUUCAGCACACAGUGGGGCUUCUCACACAUAUCCUGGCUCAGCCCAAUCUCACCUCCUCUUUCUUUACUUCAUUCACUCAGUAGGUCCAACAGACAGACAAGAAGAUUUCGGGGCUCCUUCUUUAGAGAAAAUUCCAUAUCAAAAACCCUGGAGAUAUCAAGUUGGUGUUUUUAAAGACAAUCAUUUCUUUUCCCAUUUUAAUUUCCUCAUGGCACUGAAAAUACUGAAAAAGCAGCAUGUCAAAACACAUCCUGUUUGGUAGGACACCGUCCCUCCUCCUCCUCCUCCUCCUCCUCC